GCGGGGGGGGCUCGCAUGCCGCCCCCCGGGACCCCGCCCGCGCCCCGUCCCCGCGCCUAGAGCCCCGGCGGCGCUCCGCGGGUGCCCCGGCCCCUUGGGGACCGCCGUCGGGCUCGCCCCUUCCCUCCGGCCGGCGGCAUGGAGCUGCGCUCGGAGCUGCCCAGCGUGCCCGCCGCGGCCCCCCCGGUGCCCCCCAGCUCGGUGGCUGCGGCGGCGGCGGCCGCAGCGGCGACGCUGCCGGUGAGCGUGGCGGGGAGCCUGCUGCGGGCUCCGCCGCUGCUGCUGCGGGCGGCCGAGAAGUACCCGCGGACGCCCAAGUGCGCCCGGUGCCGCAACCACGGCGUGGUGUCGGCGCUGAAGGGCCACAAGCGGUACUGCCGCUGGAAGGACUGCAUGUGCGCCAAGUGCACCCUGAUCGCCGAGCGGCAGCGCGUCAUGGCCGCGCAGGUGGCGCUGCGCCGCCAGCAGGCGCAGGAGGAGAACGAAGCCCGCGAGCUGCAGCUGCUCUACGGCACCGCCGAGGGGCUGGCCCUGGCGGCCGCCAACGGCAUCAUCCCGCCCCGGCCCGCGUACGAGGUCUUCGGCUCCGUCUGCGCCGGGGCCGGCGGCGAGGGAGGCGCCGGCGCCUCAGACGCCAAGGUGCAGAAGUUCGAGCUGUUCCCCAAGACGCUGCUGCCGAGCCGCGCCGUGACCCCGCAGCAGGCGGCCGGGAAGCCCCUGUCCCCCGACGGCGAGGCCGCGCCCGGCACCUCCUCCCCGGAGGCUCGCCACGGCUCGGGCUCGGAGAACGGGGACGGCGAGUCCUUCCUCAGCUCGCCCGUCUCCAAGGGCCCGAAGGAGGGCGAGGAGAGCCCGGGCUCCAUCAGCCCGCUGGGCUCGGACUCGGGCUCGGAGGCGGACAAGGACGAGCAAGACCCGUCGCCUUCGGCCGGCGGCCGGCAGCGGACUCCCAUCGACAUCCUGACGCGCGUCUUCCCGGCGCACAAGCGCAGCGUGCUGGAGCUGGUGCUGCAGGGCUGCGGCGGCGACGUGGUGCAGGCCAUCGAGCAGAUCCUCAACAACCGCGGCCCGGACAAGGGCCCCGAGGAGGGCUGGGCUCGGGACGGCGCCCUGCAGGGCCUCCCGCCCGCCCCAGCCGCCGCCGCCCACCACCACCGGCCCUUGAUAGCCGGCGCCAUGGCCCCCGCCAUCGGCACGCUGGGCAGCCGCUCGGCCUUCUCCCCGCUGCAGCCCAACGCCACGCACUUCGGGGCCGAGGCCAGCGCCUACCCGCUGGGCACCCACCUGGGACUCAACCCGCUGCGCCUCGCCUACUCGGCGCACAGCCGGGGACUGGCCUUCAUGACCCCCUACUCGACAGCCGGGCUCAUGCCCACGCUCGGCUUUCGGCCGCCCGUGGACUACGCCUUCAGCGACCUCAUGCGAGACCGCUCCGCCGUGCACAAGGAGCAGGUCUACUCCGGCGGUCUCUACGGGCCCAUGGUCAACAACACGCCCGAGAAGCAAUAGCGCGGCCUCGGCGGCAGGGUGGGAGGUGCCAGGAUGGCCAGGGGGCACGGGUGCGGUCGCUGCCACUGCCCUUGGUGGCACUUGGGUGUGGGCACGGAUAUGGGCAGAGCUGGGUGCCUUUGGAGGGCCAGAAGGUGC